AAUCCAUCCCUUUCCCUUCCCCUCCUCCAAGUCCGCCGGAGCUCCUCACCUACUGCCGCUCACCGCCGCCAUGCUCCUCUCCCGCCACCGCCGCCCCAUCCCCUUGGCCCCCCCCUAAAAGACCAACGAAAAUUGGGCGACAAAGAUAAUAGAGAAGAACAAAAUCAGUUUGACAAGCAUGCAAGAAUUUCCCCUUAGCUUUGUGAGUGAAAAUCAAUUUGUCAACUUCAAUCUUAAAGAAGGUUUAUAAAUAAAAGUGAAAAUCAAUUCAAAUUCGAAAUACUAUGAUUUGUUCCCACACAGCAAGCACUAAAAUGGACUUCAACUUCAACUUGUCAACUUCAGUCUUACUAUGCAUACUCAUCCUCCCUCUCUCUCUGCUCAUCAUCCUCGCAAAAUUGAAGAAAACCGCCUCAACCAAGCUACCCAAAUCAUACCCCAUUUUGGGCUCAUUCUUCACAAUCGUGAAGAACAAAGAGAGGUUCGUGCAGUGGACGUCGGAGAUCGUGACGUCCACCCCGAACCUCACAUUCCUCCUCCACCGCAGCCCCGGCAGCCGGGUCGUCAUCACGGCCAACCCCGCCAACGUGCAGCACAUUCUCAAGAACAACUUCUCCAACUACGAGAAGGGCGAGUUCUCCAAGGCCGGCAUGAGAGACUUUCUCGGCCACGGCAUAUUCAACUCCGACGGCCCCACAUGGAAGUUCCAGCGGCAGGUCGCCAGCCACGAGUUCAACACCAAAUCCCUCCGCAAAUUCGUCGAGACCGUCGUCGACUCCGAGCUAUCCCAACGCCUCAUCCCCAUCCUCAGGAGAGCUGCGGCGGAACACGCCGUCGUCGACUUUCAGGACAUCCUGCAGAGAUUCGCCUUCGACAACGUUUGCAAGAUCGCAUUCGGGUACGAUCCCGGAUACCUGUCGCCGUCCCACCCCAAGGAGAUCAACUUCGCCGCCGCCUUCGAAACGGCCGUCAAGCUCUCCAGCGAGAGGUUCGCCUCCUUCACCCCUUUGAUCUGGAAGAUCAAGAGAGCCUUCAACGUCGGAUCGCAGAAGCAGCUCAAGAUUGCGGUGAGGGAAGUGCGCGACUUCGCUAAGGAGAUCAUCCGGGGGAAGAAACAAGAACUGGAGCAGAAAUCGGCGCUGGAAUCAGUUGACCUCCUCUCGAGAUUCCUCAGCUCGGGCCACUCGGAUGAAGACUUCAUCACUGAUAUAGUGAUAAGCUUCAUACUAGCGGGGCGAGACACGACCUCAGCGGCGCUGACGUGGUUUUUCUGGCUGCUUUCGGAUCACGCGGAGGUGGAGGAUGAGAUUCUGAGAGAGAUCAGUGAGACAUCAGAAACUGCAUCAGCUUAUGACGAGGUGAAGGACAUGGUUUACACUCACGCUUCCAUUUGUGAGAGCAUGAGGCUUUACCCUCCGGUUCCCGUGGAUGGCAGAGAAGCUCUGAGUGAUGACGUUUUGCCCGAUGGAACGGUGGUGAAGAAGGGUAUGAGAGUGGCGUAUCAUCCGUAUGCGAUGGGGAGAGUUGAGAAAGUGUGGGGUAAAGACUGGGCGGAGUUCCGCCCCGCGCGGUGGUUGGAGGGUGGGAGGUUUGUGAACAGGGAUGCGUUUACGUACCCGGUUUUCCAGGCGGGGCCCAGGAUUUGCCUUGGGAAGGAGAUGGCUUUCUUGCAGAUGAAGAGAGUGAUUGCCGGUGUGUUGCAGCACUUCAGGGUGGUGCCGGAGCUGGAGGCGGAGCCGGUCUACAUAACAGACCUCACGGCCAAAAUGAAGGGUGGUUUUCCGGUGAGGAUUCAAGAGAGGAACUCAUGAUCUUGAUGUUUGGAGAGUUUCCUUUUAUAAGUUUGGAUUAGGUAUUUCAAAUAAAUCUAUCAUCAAUUUUUGUUACAA